UCACAUAAAAAUUGUAAAUGAAAAUAUUUACAAAGCUAAAAAUAAUAUUGGCAAAGGUAUGCAGUAAAACUACGCACAUUCGCGGUAGCUUUAAGCUCUAAUCGUUAAAAUAUGCAUUGCGCAAGAUCACCUUGCAAUCGAGGGGAAAUCAAGAGGUACUCUACCUUAACUGUGUCACAGGCUAUCUCGCGUAGCGCGAGCGAAUCAGUCAGUCUUGGAACUUGAUGGAGAGCGCCCGCGCACGUCCACCACUUUAUAAAAUCAAUUGCAACAUCGACGCACCUCUCAUUCGGUUGACAACGAUCUUCGCGCACGGUCGAUAACACACGAUGGCGAAAGAAGACUUCAUUAAAUCGGUCCUUUACGUUCUGAACAUUAUUUACGCGGUCUUCGGUCUCGUGUCCGCGGCCACCGGUAUCUGGUUCUUUGUGCAUUUAUCAGAGUUCGUCGCUUUGAGGAACAGCAACCAUUACUUAUUGGACUAUCGAGUGUAUUGGCCUCAAGUGGCGCCAUGGCUGUUCAUCCUACUCGGACUGUUUAUCAUGAUUGUGGCGUUCUGUGGUUACUGCGGCGCCAACAAGGAGAGCAGAGGAUUACUAGGGAUGUACGGGAUGUUCCUCAUCCUUAUCAUCCUACUGCAAUUCAUCGCUGCGACUCUCAUCUUCGUGUUCGUCGAUGGUGAAGACACCGAUCGGUUUAUCAAGGAUACCGUGUACGAUGGAUACUACAAUUCUCAAUCCAACCCUGAUGUGUUCAAGGCUUUCGGAAGGAUCGAAAGGAAGUUGAAGUGCUGUGGUGCUAACGACGCCAGAGAUUAUAGGAGCUGGAGGAACGACCUGCCUUUGACCUGCUGUUUGGACAGUUAUUACAGAGCUACGUGUGAGUUCACAGACAAGGAAGCUAACGAAAGAUUAGGUUGUGCUAAAGUGGCAUCAGUUUACACUAAGAUCAUUAGUUCUUCAGUCGCGGGUGCGUCGCUGCUCAUUGCUAUUGUGGAGAUCACAGGAGUUGUGCUGGCGUGGAAGUUGUUCCAUUAUAUGAGGGAGGUGGAACACUAUCUACCGAGUGAGAGGAAAGAAGGUGAAACUGAAUGUUAGGUUGUAAGUCAACCAGUAUUAUUGAACCUCCGAAUUUCAGUCGACUAGCGUCACAAUUUUCGAGUUUUCGCGCCAUUAUCGACUCGAUACGAAUCGAUUGCUUGCUCUGCUGCAACUUAUAUUUUCAUUUCAAGUUCCCUGUAGAUGUGUGUGUGGAUUGCAUUUAGGGAUAAAGUUCGUUUCCUUGCUCGAAGGAAUACAGAAAUCUUUAUUUGUUAGUUUAAGUCAUACAUUCCAUUGGCAUCUGCUCUGCAUCUGUAAUCUGUAGUACAGUUGACUUCAUUGUCGUUUGACCGCGCCUCAGGUCAAAAUGUCACGCUCCGGCAGCGGCUUCAACCAUUAUAUCCUCCUUAAGUAACUGAAUCAUUGUACCUUUGACUCACGAUUGUAAUGAAUCUAAAUUGAGCCUAAGAUCGUGGCUUUAGCGACCUCGCCCCCACCAAGUGUCUAAAGACACGCAUAGCGUAAUUUUAGUAACAUGUUACUUCGACUGCUCGUUUCGUAAGCGCGUAUAAGCCUUCCUAGAGUACAUAAGCUGCCAUGGACGGCUUAUUUGCCAAUAGUGGGAGGAAGGCCGUCCAUGAGAAAAAUUUGACCUCAAUUCGAUUGCGUUGUUUUGUUAGAGUAGUACUAACGUAUAAGUUGCCUGUUUGAGAGUUACUUUCUGUUAAGCAACUUUAUGUUUGAUAAUGUCAAGAUGGUGUGCAUUGAGUUCUGCGCCGUUUGUUCGGGCCAUUGGUCGAAUAUGUAAUUAUUAUUACGUAAGACUUUCUGGUUUUUGAGUUACGUCAUUUACAAUUUAGAAACUCAUAGUGGUGUUAUAAUAUUAUUCAUGAGUGCCAAUAUUUUAGAUUUGAUUUCGUUCUAUCCGUCUUAUUAAUGUGAUUGUAAAUUUUUAUAUUUUAAGUUUUGUGUAUUUUGUAUUUUCCGUCCUUUUUUAUAUCUACGAGAGCCAUACAGAUUUUAUUUGUAUAAUUUUGUUAAUAUAGUGAAAAAUAUUUUUAAUAUAUGAAUUGUAACAGUGUGUUUACCACAUACCAAAGAAAAAUGUAGAGAUACAAAAUAUUCAUGAGAACAUAAUAUAAAAAUAAUAUAUUUUUUGCAUGCAAAAACAUAUGUAUCCGUAUUUAAGAAUAAUCACACUACUGAAUUAGUAUAGAUUUUAGAAAUAAGUUAUUUUUAUACAAUAAUUUAAAUA